AUAUAGACUAUAGCUCGGCUCAUCAAAUACUCUGUUAGAUCAAAUCUUUAUCGCUUGUUUCUGCAAAAAAAAAAAAAAAAAUACUCUGUUCUUUUUUUUAUAUGGACCGGAGUCACCGUAACAAUAAAGAUUCCGAUCCAAUAAAUAGUGAAAAUGGUUGGCGAUUUAAGAUAUCACGGCAGAGAUAUCGUUGAAUCAAUGGAAACUAGCAAAAGAGAGACGCUGAUGGAUGAGAAGAUCUAUGUAGCAGUGUCAGGCAAAAAUCUAGAGGGCAAGUCUAGUCUUGUUUGGGCUAUAGAGAACAGUGGAGGCAAAGAGUUUUGCAUCGUCCAUGUUCAUAAACCUAUCCAGAACUCAGUUUCGGGGGCAAUGUUGGACGACAAAAAAUUGCGGGUUUAUAGAAAAGACAAGAAGAAAGCUCACAAGAAGUUGGACACGUUCUUUCAUAUAUGCAGGCAAUUGCAGGUCAGCGCAGAGAUAGUAUAUAUUGAAAUGGAUUCGGUAGAGGAAGGUAUCCUCCAAUUGAUAUCUCAGCGUGGAGUUAGGAAACUCGUCAUGGGAGCAGCAGGUGAUAGACACUAUUCAAUGAAAAUGAGAGACUUACAGUCCAAGAAAGCUAUUUACAUUAACAGAGAAGCGCCUGCUACUUGUCAGAUAUGGUUUACGUGCAACGGAUACCUAAUUAGUUCAAGGGAAGCUAGAAGAACAGAGAACUUGUAUCUAGAAUGUGCAUCGUCGACAAAUUCUUUGAUACAAUCCGAGGUUACUAGAGGAAGUGAAAGUGUUCCAAGGUCGAGUAUAGUUAGAGAUGAUGAUCUGAUCAAAGUAGCUGUCACAGAAGCUGAGACUUCCAAAAGGAAAGCACGCUUUGAGGCUUCUAAGCGUGAUGAAGCUGAAAAAUCAGCAAUUGACGCACUCAAAAAGGCUAAACAAUGGGAAACUGCGUAUUUCGAGGAGAUGAAGCGUAGGAAAGAAACAGAGAAGGUGCUGAGGAAAGCAAAAGAAGAAAUAGAAAAGAUGAGAUCAGAAUCCGAGAUCCAAAUAGCCGAAUCUAAUAUGGUGAUAAGAAAGCUUCAAGACAAGUAUAGCUUAUCAGUGGAAGCGUUGAGAAUACUUAGAAAAGAACAAGAAGAGUUGAAGAUAGAGCUCAGAGAAGUAACAAAGCUACGCGAGGAAGAGAAGGUGUCUCCCUCUAACCACCGUGAACCGCCUCAGUACUUUAUCUGUCCCAUUACACAGGAUAUAAUGGAGGAUCCACAUGUAGCAGCAGAUGGUUUUACAUAUGAAAGAGAAGCCAUAAACGGGUGGUUCGAGAGAGGACACGAGACUUCUCCGAUGAUAAACAAAAGGCUUCCUCAUACGAGCCUGAUUCCAAAUCUUGCUCUUCGAUCCGCAAUACAAGAAUGGCUUCAAGCUCCUGAAUCAUUGAACAGAUCCUCUGCUUGUAGAGAUACAAAUCAAAAAGGAUAUUUCUUUUAAGUCCUUCGAACCUUGAUGUAGUUCUCUUGUGGUCUUUUUUUGAUAUGGUAUAUUGUAAGUCUUUUACUUACUAGUCGGUGUUGGUUGGUAUGAGUCGCACUCGUUUGUGGGAGACGGCUUUGGAUAUUAGUAGACAAUAAGUUUUGAUCACCUUUGAUUUAAAAUGUAUGACUAAUUCGUUAAGAUUAGUUAUUAUACUUUCAAACCAAGAUAGAAAUGGGUAGU